AUGCCAGCACGCAAGUCAGGCACCUCCCGGGCACAAGCUCCAGCGUUCUGGGUGGAGAUUCCGCCGAGAAGCUCAAAGGCGACGUACCAUCGCAAUCUCAAAGCCUUCUUAGCGUCACAGCAGCACGAUGCGAGUGGUGUGGUCGAUCUCACGCGAGACACUGGGGUGCAGGAUGCUGUGAUAGAGGCGCGAACGCCUGGCGAUGCCUUCACCUCUGCCAGAGAUUCAUCGCCGGCAACUUCGGAGAUGAUUGUGUCGGAUGAGUUGGCUGCAGUGAGUGGUGUGUGACGACGGGGCCGGGACGGCAUAGCUGCGUUGUCUUGCUUGUUGAACGCACUCACCUUCUCGUCCAGCUGGCUUCACGGCCCGUGGCACCUGCGAACGGCAGCCCCGAGCCGUCGUCGCUGUCAUCGAAGAGGGCAGCUGUUCGCCUGUCUCCCGACGAGGAUUUGCUGCCGCUAGUGGAAGCCUCUUCUUCUUGGCGUAGACAAGGUGAUCGCUCGCGAUCAACCUUGUUCUUGGGCGAGUCUCAAAACGAUGACGAUGCCUCCAUCGUGUCGACAUGUCGACCCCGCCAUCUCGUCUCACCUUCACCCGCGAAGUCAAAUGAUACGAGUCGAAGUGGCUCCAUGCUGGGCAUCAGCGCGCCGAAGACGAAUGCGCCGAGCGUCUCGAUCAACGGAAGAGCGGUUUUCAGCGCCACGACUGCUCAGACGAUCAUCGUAGCAGCUACUGACGAUGAUUCCGACGAGGGGCCCGCCCCUCGCAAGGCAGGGCGACGCCUUGUGCAGGAGCCAUUGCCAAACCCGCAGAAACUUGCCAAAUCGUCGACCCGAGCUUCAGCUAGCGCAACGUCGGGCAAGCGGAAGCGAAAGGAGUCGACAUCGUCGAGCUCCUCUAGCUCCUCGGACUCGUCCGACACAUCAGACUCGUCAGACUCGUCCACUUCAGAUACUUCUGAUGAGGAUCUGGAGCAAGAUCUCAAUGUGUAAGUCUGAAUUGCGCCAUCAUCCGCCUACAUCCUCGUCAGUAUCUCAUAAGUUGACGAUCCUCUUGAACCAAUAUUCAGAGACGCCUUCGUCCGCUCGACCGGAGUUCGUGCAGAGCAGGAGCGAAAGGCUAAGAGGCUCGCUUCUCUUAAACGGCGGAGGGACCGCAAACAGCAAGGGUUGUCCACUGAGGAAGAUUCUUCUGACGCGAAUCAGGGCUCUUCUUCGGGAGAUGAAGACGAUGGAACGCCGCCUUCACGCCGUUCGAACCCCUACCUUGGUGCUGAGAACUCAAAAUCGGAGUCCAAACGAUCUAAAAAGGACAAGAGCAGAAAGAAGAAGAAGGACAGGAAGCGGAAGAAGAAGAAGAAGAAGCAGAAAGAAGCGGAGAGGAAGGAGAAUGCCCGUGCGGAGUCUAAGAAGCGUGGUAAGACGAAGAAGAGCGCAGAGUUGAAUCUACCGCCAGAUCGUCACGUCGAUCUACAGCAGCUUGGCUUUCUUAGGGCUUCGACAAAGGAUUAUGCGGACCAGUAUGUCCGCUGGCUUAGCUUUCGCCUUCUUGGGAUGGAAAUUCCUGAAAGCAACCAAAGACUUUGGGACCAAGCUCGUCGUCAUUUGCAACAGGAGGUCAAGGCGAUAGAGAGCGGUGUGAUGACGCAAGCCAUGCGCCGCUCGUUCUACUGGCAUCUUCGCCAUUAUCAGAAGUUCUUGAGAAAGCACGCUGGCGACCGGAGCCUUCACGGCUGCGCGGCGUGCGGCAAUAGGAUGCACCCGUCCGACUCUUAUUUCACCUUCCACGGAACUUUUUAUCACAAAAAAGAUCUUACCGCGUACACGAAGGUGGACUAUGCCAAUACUUCCAGCGACGAGGAGUCCGCGCAAGAAGAUAUCUGGACUCCAAAACGCGAAGGAGGCAACGAUCCGAAGACGCGCAAACGGUCUUUUUAUGUGAGUGGAUCGCUGACACGUCAGGUUACUGCGGCUGAUCUCUACAUGUACCACUUCCAACAGGUCGGAGCGUCGUGCGCAUCGCGAGCUCGGCUUUUGCACUCGCUUGCGCAUUGGGAGAUCAGCUUUGCCCGACAUUUGAAAAAGUCCGCGUCAUUUAAGAAGGUUGAGAAGGAGCUGGACGAGCAGGACCGCCCUGCGGGAGAUGACGAUUUGGACGACAUUGCCGAGGAGAACGUCAAGACACUGAUGAAUCGUUUGCAGAGGUGGCAGAGGAAAUCGCAAGAAAUUGCGGUGGGGAAGGAUAAAGCUGCCACGCAUGUAGACCGGUUCCCUUGGAAAGAGGAAUAG